CUUUACAUCCUAUAAACCCAUUUGCCCACAAUUCUGUAAUCUCUGGUUUUGAAUCCAGAGCAUUUAGAAAUGGAUAAAGAUCGAGCAUUGGAGGUUAAAAGUGGUAGAAGAGCUCCUCGUCCUGGAAGCUUAACCAGAAGAAGAUCAAGUCAGCGUUUGGAACCCAAUUUUGAGCCUAAAACUGAAUGGCUUGACACAGCUGAAGCCCACGUCCUGGUGCUAGAACUCCCAGGUUUUAAAAAGCAAGGUGUAAAAAUGCAACUUGAUGGUGAGGAAAAUAUCAAAAUCAGUGGAGAACGCAUUAUUGAGUAUCAAGUGAAUGUAGGAGGGAUGCAGAACCCUAAGAGAAGGAUUGUUUCUAGGUUUGAAAAGCUUUUUCAAAUUCCUAUGAAUGUUGAUAUUGAAAACUUUACUUCUACAACUGAAAAUGAGAAGAUGUACAUUAUAUUCAAUAAAUUAAAAGCAUCCCUUGAAGUCAAAUCUACUGACAUCUUAGAUCAAGAGAGCAAGAGUGUCCCACAAGUUGGUGAAAGCAGUGAAAAACUUAUAGCAGAACCGAGUGAUAAAAAGGAUGACCAAGCAUCAAGCAAUAAACUAGACCAAAGUCUAAAAGAUGAGGAUGCCAAAACUCCAAAUGUUGCAAAGUCUAGUGCAGCUCAAGAUGGAAAAGCAUCAAACAAUAAACAAGAUCAAAGUCCAAAGGAUGAGAUCACAGCUCCAGAAGUUGCAAAUUCUAGUGUGACUCAGGAUGACAAAGCAUCAAGAAAUAAACAAGAUCAAAGUCUAAGAGAUGAGAAGCUUGGAACUCUAGGAGGUGCAAAGUCUACCACAACUCAGGAUGACAAAGCGUCGAGUAAUAAACUAGAUCAAAUUCCAAGAGAUGAGAAGGUUGAAACUCUAGGAGGUGCAAAGUCUACGAUGGCUCAAGAUGACAAGGAAUUAAGCAAUAAACCACGUCAAAGUCGAAGAGAUGAAGCCAAAUUUGAGCCUAAGAGUGAAUGGCUUGACUCAGACAAAGCCCACAUCCUAGUGCUUGAUCUCCCAGGUUUUAAAGAGGAAGGUGUAAAAUGGAAACUUGACGAUGGGGAAAAUAUCAAAAUCAGUGGAGAAUGCCUUAUUGAGGAUCAAGUGUAUGAAGGAGAGAUGCAACACCAUAGGAGAAGGAUUGAUUCUAGAUUUGAAAAGAUUUUUCAUAUUCCUAUGAAUGUUGAUAUUGCAGGCAUUACUUCUCGAUUUGAAAAUGAGAAGAUGUACAUCACAUUCUAUAAAUUGAAAGCACCCCCUGAAGUCAAAUCUAAUGAUAACUUAGAUCAAGAGAGAAAGAGUAUCCCACAGGUUGGUGAAUGCAAUGCAAAAUUUAUAGAAACGCCAAGUGAGAAAAAUGAUGACAAGGCAUCAAGCAAUAAAGUAGACCAAAGUCUAAAAGAUGAGAAUGUUACAACUCCAAAUGUUACAAAGUCUAGUGCAACUCAAGACGAAAAAGCAUCAAACAAUAAAGUAGAUCAAAGUCCAAGGGAUGAGAAGGUUGAAGCUCCAGAAGUUGUAUAUUCUAGUGCAACACUAGAUGCCAGAGCAUCAAGCAAUAAACAAGAUAAAAGUUCAAGAGAUGAAAAGAUUGAAACUCCAGGAGGUGCAAAGUCUACCACAACUCGGGAUGACAAGACAUCAAGCAAUAAACCAGACCAAAUUCUAAAAGAUGAGAAUGUUGAAAGUCCAAAUGUAGCAAAUUCUAAUGCAACUCAAGAUGAAAAAGCAUCAAACAAUAAACUAGAUCAAAGUCCAAAGAAUGAGAAGGUUACAACUCUAGAAUUUGCAAAUUCUAGUGUAACUCAGGAUGACAAAGUAUCAAGGAAUGAACAAGAUCAAAGUCCAAGAGAUGAGAAGCUUGAAACUCCAAGAGGUGCAAAGUUUACCACAACUAAGGAUGACAAAGUGUCAACUAAUAAACUAGAUCAAACUCCAACAGGUGCAAAGACUACCACAACUAAGGAUGACAAAGCAUCAAGUAAUAAACUGGGUCAAACUCCAAGAGAUGAGAAGGUUGAAACUACAGGAGAUGCAAAGUCUAGUAUGGCUCAAGAUGACAAGGAAUUAAGCAAAAAGCCACAUCAAAGUCCAAAAGAUGAAAUAGUUGGAGCUACAAAAGUUGCAAAUUCUAGUGCAACUUUAGAUGACAAAGCGUCAAAUAAUAAACAGGGUCAAAUUCCAAGAGAUGAGAAGCUUGAAACUCCAAGAGAUGCAAAGUCAACCACAACUCGGGAUAACAAAGCAUCAAGUAAUAAACUGGAUCAAAGUCCAAGAGAUGAGAAGGUUGAAGCUUUGGGAGGUGCAAAGUCUACAACAAAUCAGAAUGAUAAGGAAUUAAGCAGUAAACCACAUCAAAGUCCAAGAGACGAGAUGAUUGAGACUAAAGAUGUUGCAAAGUCUAGUGAAGCUCAAGAUGAAAAGGUGCCAAAUAAUAAACCAAAUCAAAGUCUGAGAGAUGAGAAUGUUCAAACUCUAGAAGCUACAAAUUUUAUUACAACUCAACUAGAUGAUGAGAAGGUUCGAACUCCAGAAGUUGUAAGUUCUAGCACAACUCAAGAAGCAAUACAAGAAAAGACACAAUUGAAAGCCUCCAAUAAGCUAGAAGAGUUAGAAGAGAAACUAGUUGAUUCAAAUACCCUCCCAAAUCAAUUUGAAUUAUUGGGUUAUAAGGAAGAAGAAGUUGAGAUGAAGGUUGGUGAUCAACAGGAACAAAUAUUGGUUGAAAAUCCAAAAGUUGAGAGUUACCCUCCCAAUGGAGAUAAAAAACAAGAAGAAAAAGUAUCAAGUCCAAAGGCCAAGAAAGAAGGUGAUAGUGUUGAUUUCUCACAAAUGAAAGAUGAUAAACAUGAGAAAGAGAAGAAAACAAUUUUGAAAGCUUGUACACAGUUCAUUUCAUCUAGACGUGAGCAAAUUGCAGUUGGCAUUGCUGCUUUCUCUCUUGUCUUGUAUAUCACCUCUAAAUUAAAAUAAUCAAAAGAUGAGAUGGUAAGGUAAAUUGUACAAUCCUUAGAAGGCAUGUUUCUCAAUCAUACCUAGAACCUAGUUCCUUAGGAAGUAUGAAUUCCUCCAAUUCAUGCUUAUUCAUGACAUAUGUAAUAAAAAUGUGUACUACAUAUCCCAUGAUUUAUAUGUAAUUCUAUGCAUUACUUGAAUAAUAUAUUUUUAAUUACAAA